AUGAUCUGGAUCGAGGCAGUAGUCAAUUUUGUCUUUGCCCUCCUUACCUUCCUUUACCUCAAUGAAAUCAUACCUGGAGACCUUGGCUUUCUAUUAGCCACCGUCAUUCUAUGGUCUAUCCAAACGCAGCUCCUCCCACAGAUUAUCGCCAACCGAGUCGCUUUGAUCAUGACGAACAGGCGCCGAGCUCGGCAUCUAAAAUGGGGCCUUUUUAUCUCUAUUAUCUGUGUCAACAUCGCUGUUUGUUACAUCUUUACUGUUGCGCAUCUAGAGACAGCUACGUUUAAACAGAAAUAUGUCAACAUAGUGUUUGAGAAGGCGGAGAAGUCAUUUUUCCUCAUUAUCGACUUGACACUCAACUUAUACUUCUUAUACCUGGUGCGCUACCGUCUAAUUGCCGACGGACUCAACAAAUAUGUCCAAUUUGCUCCUCUUGCAUAUAUUGUCAAGCUCUACAUUGAACUACUCAUGGCCAACCUCAUCUCCAAGGUCGUUAGAGGUCAAUCACACAGCCGGGGAGGAGAGGGCUGGUACUCUGGCAGUCGAGACAAGUCCAACCCAACUAAUUACGGCAUUACCUCUCGUGUUGUUGUUCAUCUGGCUACUUAUCCAGAGCCUCAUGGCAUCACUAAGACGAUUGAGACUACUAUUGUGGUGAGGGACAGGGAUAGUGAUCGAACUUCCAAGGAUAGCAUCUAG